GUACCCUUGACCCUCCCCCGCUUCCUCAUCGCCCUCGGCGUCGGUAACAACAGCGCUCGCGGCCUUCCCUAGUCUCAUUCUUCCCGUCUGCAGUCUCCUUUUCUUCUGCAACGCUUGCACUAUGUGCGGUAUCUUCGCUUAUUGCAGUUUCCUCAGGGAGAAGGACCGCAAAGAAAUUUGCGAUAUCCUCUGCAGCGGCCUUGCACGCCAGGAAUAUCGCGGCUAUGACUCUGCCGGUAUUGGCAUUGACGGUGACAAGCCUGGUGAGGUGCUCUUCUUCAAGGAAGUAGGAAAGGUCGCCGGCCUUCGUCAGCGCAUCGCGCAGGCAAAGGUGGACACCACCAAGACAUUUGUGUCUCAAGUAUCCAUUGCGCACACGCGUUGGGCGACCCAUGGCCCGCCAUCCAUUGCCAACUGCCAUCCUAUGCGCUCCGAUCUCACGAGCGAAUUCACCCUCGUGCACAACGGUAUCGUCACCAACUCCGCCGAGCUCAGACUCGUUCUGCAGAAGCGCGGCUACAAGUUCGAGAGUGACACCGACACCGAGGCCGUCGCUAUUCUCACAAAAUACGUCUACGAUUCGCAGCCUGACAAGCGGAUCACCUUCACCGAGCUCGUGAAGACCGUCUUGAAGGAGCUCGAAGGCUCCUUCGCCUUCGUCUUCAAAUCGCUGCAUUAUCCGAACGAGAUUGUCACUGCCCGCCGCGGCUCUCCUCUUUUGAUCGGCGUUAAGACCGAAAAGAAACUCAAGGUUGACUUUGUCGAUGUCGAAUUUGCGGGACAAGAGACAGAGACAAGAGGUCUCGAGACUCUGACACCCACUUCCCCAGGUGGCCUGCUUGCACCUCCUGGACCCAAGAUCAUGCGCACCCAGUCGCGCGCAUUCAUGUCCGAGGACGGGCUCCCCCAACCUAUCGAAUUCUUCGUUGCUUCCGAUGCCGCUGCUAUCGUGGAACACACCAAACGGGUCUUGUACCUUGAGGAUGACGAUAUCGCUCAUAUCGCUGCCGGCGAGCUCCAUAUCCACCGUCUUCGCCGCAAGGAGGACGGCGCUGCGACCCCGUCGAUCCGCAGCAUUGAGACCCUGGAGAUCGAGAUUGCCGAGAUCAUGAAGGGCAAAUUUGACCAUUUCAUGCAGAAGGAGAUCUACGAGCAGCCCGAAUCCGUCGUCAACACUAUGCGUGGUCGCGUCAACUUUGACACCAACACCAUCACGCUUGGGGGCUUGCGCGCUUACCUCCCCAUCAUGCGCCGUUGCCGUCGUAUCGUGUUCACUGCCUGCGGUACCAGCUAUCACUCAUGCCUUGCCACUCGCGCGAUUUUCGAGGAGCUCACCGAGAUUCCGGUCGGUGUCGAGCUUGCCUCUGAUUUCUUGGACCGCAAGACGCCCAUUUUCCGUGAUGACGUCUGUGUGUUCCUCAGCCAGAGUGGCGAGACGGCGGACACGAUCUUGGCGAUGCGGUACUGCCUGGAGCGUGGCGCGCUGUGUGUCGGUGUUGUCAACACUGUCGGCUCCACGAUCUCGCGCGAGACCCACUGUGGUGUUCACAUCAACGCUGGCCCCGAGGUCGGCGUCGCGUCCACCAAGGCAUACACGUCGCAGUACAUCGCGCUGUUGAUGAUGGCGCUGCAGCUUUCCGAGGACCGCAUCUCCUUCACUGAGCGGAGAAACCAGAUCAUCCAGGGCUUGCAUGCUCUGCCUGCACAGAUCAAGACCGUGCUCGAGGCGGACCGGAGUUUGCAGGAGCUCGCGGACGGUGUUCUGGCCAACUCAAGGAGUCUGUUGCUCAUGGGGAGAGGAUACCAGCACGCUACGGUCCUCGAAGGUGCUCUCAAGAUCAAGGAAAUCAGCUACAUGCACUCCGAGGGCAUCCUUGCUGGCGAACUCAAGCAUGGUCCGCUGGCGCUCAUCGACGAGAACAUGCCGGUGAUCAUCGUCAUGACGCGCGAUUCGCUGUACCCGAAGGUGCAGUCCGCGUACGCGCAGAUCACGGCGCGCAAGGCGCGGCCGAUCGUGCUGUGCAACGAGGGCGACGCCGGGAUCCCACAGGGCGUGCAGACGAUCCGGGUGCCGCAGACGGUGGACUGCCUGCAGGGCCUGCUGAACAUCAUCCCGAUGCAGCUUUUGAGCUAUCACCUCGCUAUCAAGAAGGGCUUCGAUGUGGACUUCCCGAGGAACUUGGCGAAGUCAGUCACGACUGAGUGAGUGCCCCUCCAGGGCGCCAUCCAAGGAUCUUGGGAGCAUACGGACCACUACUACUUACUACCCAUAUAACAUACGUACAACGCGAGAUCGACAGACAGACAGAGAGCGAGACAGGGAGACAGGGAGAGGGCGAGGGAGAGCGGGGCAUGCACUGUAGGAAAAACAAAACAACUGUACAUAGGUAUACCACCAUGGACAUCAUCGACAUCGUAUGUUAUGCGCGCAAUGUUCUUUUUUAGAUUCUAUGGGCUCUUUUCUCUUACCGCUUUUGAUCGUUGUCGUUUGUCGUUGCGUUGGUUUAUCGAUGAAGGACUAUUUUCAUGUCUUUGUUUGGGGGUCCCAUUCAUGCGGGAGCGUUGCUGGCAGGCUGUUUUUGCUGCAUUGAAAAAUGUGGAUGGAGUAGUAUAGCUGCAUCUUC